UUCUUUGGAAUGACUAUCGAUAAUAAGGUCAUAUAUCUAAGGACGCGAAUUUCUGUAUUUUUCUGUAUCUAACGACAUUCGAUAAGUGAUUUUUGUAGGCGUGGACAACUUUUAUCAAUGGUCAUACUUAAUCAAUGAAAAAAUAUGAGAGUUUCUAGUAUUUCAAAUAUUAUCAUAGGAUAGCUAUAUAUAUAAAUCAUCGUUACAGUACUUUUGUAGGAUUUUAAAAUGGACCCGGAACUCUGGACCAUAAAAGAUGUGGGUGCAUACCUUGACGAAAAUGAUUUCAAACACUAUAGGAAGCUGUUUUGUGAAGAAAAUAAAAUUGAUGGCAGAGUGUUUCUAUCGCUGACUGAAAAUGACCUCAAACAACCACCUCUGCAAAUCUUGCCAUUCGGAGAUUUAAGAAGACUUUGCUUUCUUAUUGAAAAUCUAAGAGAAGAAAAACGUAAUCGUGACCAGAAAACAAGUGAUUCUCCAUUCAAACAGACCUAUUCAACAUUCAAUAAUUACAUCCAUUCGGAACAAUCAUCCACACGGUCCGGAUUAUCUUCCCCUUCCGGCGGAAUUUCGAUUACCGACUCUGAUGACGAUUCUUUUCAGACCAGAAAGAGACUGAAAUUGGACCGACGGAAAUUUGCACUGUCUGUUUUGUAUCUGUUCUGUUCUCAUUUUUUCUCGGGGUUUGCUGUGACGUAUGCCCAAGAAAAUUUACCGGAUAAAAAGAAGUACCCGCCCUUACCUGAUAUAUUUCUAGACAAUUUGCCAUUUAUACCAUGGGCUUACCGAGUGACAGAGGGAGCUAUUUUUGUUCUUAUUAUAAUGGGACUUAUAAUGUUGUUUUUCCAUAAAUACAGAUUUUUAGUAAUUCAGCGGUUAAUGAUAAUAGCUGCCACUAUCUACCUUCUACGAUGUUUUUGUGUGAUGUCUACAGCCAUACCAAUGCCACAGAAAGACUACAACUGUAAUCGUAUAGAAGUAAAGGAUGGUUGGGAGAGAUUGUCACGUGUUGUACGGUUCUAUGCAGCUAUUGGUAUGAAGUCAAAUGGAAUAAAGACGUGUGGGGACUAUGUGUUCAGUGGUCAUACUGUCAUAAUGACUUUACUUGUGCUAAGUAUUAAUGAAUAUACUCCCCGCAAUAUGCUGUGUUUACAUACAUUGAACUGGGUUGUUGGUAUUUUUGGAGUAUUUUUCAUUCUUCUAGGCCAUGGGCAUUAUACACUGGACAUACUAUUGGCCUUUGUCAUUUCAUCUAAACUUUUCUCAUACCACCACACUAUAGCAAUCAAUAUGUCGCUAAUAUCACGUGACACUCACCGUUUGAAAAAGUGUUUUCCGGUGCUAUAUUAUUUUGAGCAAGAUACGGAUGGACACAUACCAAACGAGUACGAAUGGCCGUUACCGAAGGUAAAGAAAGUAGAAUCAUUUUACAGUGAUGUUAAAUUUAGUUUUGGAAAUUAUUUCAGUUCGAAAUCGAAACAAGUUGUGUAACGUGUUGUUGACAUUACGGUUAUAUUUAUAAACACAGGAUGGGAUCACAUUUUUAGAAUAAAUAUCCAUUCAGCUAUAUAAUGAAUAGCAGGAAGAUCUACACAUACAUCGCAUUAACAAUUCUCUAUACAUGCUAUAUGUCGAAGAGAGGCAUACAUUGACUUAAGUUAAAUAUCAGCCUAGACGAACACAAUUUUGUAACCUUAAGAAUCUAGUAUCAAUAGCGUAGAAAGACUGACUGAAAACAUGUUAAACAAGGAAACAACGACUAUUGAGAUUAAGGAUCCACAGUUUGACGAACUUGAAAAAUAUAGAUAAUGGUAGUGCCUUGAAAUUAGAUUCUAUCACUGGAAUAGAUGAUUGCAUUCUAUUACGUGAAAUAGAUCAUGACAACAGGUGUAAUGUAAAAACUCACAACACGUGUUAUGUCAAAACUCACGACAACACGUGUCAAUUCAAAACUCAUAACACGUGUCAUUUCAAAACUCACGAUUACAAGUGUCAUAUCAAACAUCUGCAAUAUUUAAUCCAUUUCGAUCAAUUGAGCAAUUUAUUAUAUAAAAAUCAUGUCUGUCUAUCAGAACUAUAAGAAAUAUCAGAAAAUAAAAGGCGUUUAAAAUACAGUUAAACAUUCCAUGUUCAGUAGAAUUUUUCUCCACUUCAUUCCAACGUAGUCUUGAACGACCGUCUGAAGUCCGUAUUUCAACGGACAUUUUUGUUGAUUUCGAUUAUGUUAAUCAAUUACAGAAAACAAAAACUCGUACAAUUUAAUUUUAGUAGCUAAGAAUACAAUAAAAUUAUGUUGAUUUAUAAUCAAAUAAUUAUUUUCAAAGGUAUUUUUAAACACUAUGUGCUUUGUACCGUUUUGAACCGUCUAUGAUCUGGUUAAAUGAUUUGCCUGUUUAGAGGCUUAGUUUUUAGUUAGACCAAAAUAUAUAUACUUGUUUUUCCUACCUACCCUAAGUUGUGAUGCCUACUCGGACACAGUUUAUGGACAUUUUUGGUUUAGUACUGUUUAAGUCCAGACUUGGUGAAACACUGUUAAAGAUAUUUUCUUAUAUAUUCUAUGUAAAAUAUUAAAAAAUCAUUUUACCUACCUAACUACUCUAUUGUUUCUAACAAGGGACCGGAAACAAGUAUAUAUGUUUUUUUCGGUGUAGGAAUGAUUGAUGAUAAAUGUACAUUUUUAUAUUGAUAUAUAUAUAUAUAUAUAUAUAAUAUAUAUAUUAAGUCAACUUUUUUUUCGUAUUGUGUUUUUCUACCUCGCACUUUAAUGCAAAUGUGUUUUAAAUGACAGGACAUCUGUUACUAUUCUGUUUGUUAAAGUAUUCCAACCGACAUUACUGAAAUAGGUAUCACAUGUACCAGUGGACCUUUAUCAGUAUCAGUACCGAAAAGUUAAAAAAAAAAACCCAAGUGGAAUUCAAAUUAUUCAUGAUAGUCAAAAUUAAAGACUUCUUUUUUUUGCAGCAGUUAGAAUCAAAUUCCAUAAAAUGAAAAAUGUUGUUCUCGAAAUGAGUUUUCAAAAAUUUGACUUAUUUCGGCAACCUCUUCUUAACUUCAGUCAGGCAUUCAUUCGACUGAAAGUUUUUUCUUGAUGAAAUAUAUUUCUAAUAAUUGUUGUAUAUAGAUAUACUUCCAAUAUUUUAAAAGUAUAUCAACAUAAUCUGUUAUAAAAAAAUAUCAAAGGUGUUUUUUUUUUAACACUUAAGCUUUGCUGAAAACAAUUUGAAGACAAUAGUCAUGUGUAUGCACAUUUAAACUCGUAAUUCAUGUGUGCAGUGUGCCAGCCAGAGCAAUCACUAUUUAUUAUCGUACAUAAUCAUUGGUUUUGACAAUCAUCGUCGUGCUAUUCUAGUUAUUUGUGUUAUAGAAUAUCUAUUUAUAAAAAAAUAUUUUAUUAAUAAAACACUUUUCAGUUUG